CAUUAAAGAUUUUGAGCUUCAAGCAACCGACUGGCUACUGCAGUUUUCAAGAGACACCAGAGAAAUAUUGGAAUACAAGAUGAAGACCUUCAUCACCAUCGCAUUGCUAUCAGCACUAGCAGCCUGCUGUAGUGCCAGUGUCUUCCCGAGUAAGGAGGAGUUGGCCAGAGGUGUCACGGUGGUAGAAAAUGCUGAUGAGGCAGAGCUCCAGAAAUUCCUGUCCACCCAUCCAAAUCGCCAGGCAUUAAACGAAAGUGUGGUUUUAUUCGAAACCACCUUCUUCGUACCAGCGAUUCCGGGAGAAGUGGUAACACACCGAAUCGAGUACAUUGGCGGACCAAACACUAAGAUGACCGGCUCUCAAAGAACCCACCUUCCACCAUUGCCAGCCAACGUGCACUCUUCAGGCUGGCUGACCAACCAUCUCGUCAAGACUUUCACAUCGCAAGUCGGCGGCAAUAUUAUUGGUAAUGUGAAAUUUUAUGGACACAAGUACGGAUACUAGGUAGUUAGUUGUACUGUAUAUUAUGUACUAAAGCCUGUAAUAAUCAACAUGGCCUUUUUAUUCUAAUAAAUUUUUUGUAAGCCUCGAUUAAUUUGGAAGCCACGCCGGCUUAUAUCGAGACUUAAAUUUUUCUUAACAUUCACUUGAAUAAUUUAUUUGAUUUCACUAUAAUCCUGUCAACAUUUUUUAAUUCUAUCUUAUAUUAUAUGUAUCAUUAAAAUAACGUUAUAUAUGUAAUAGUUGUUUUAUCAAAAUUUUACAUUUGUAUAAUUUGUUUUAAGUUAAAAUGUUUUUAUCAUAAUACAUUUAACUUGGAAUA